AUGGGCAAAGUAGCGGGUGAGUGCGAGCGCAAGUGGCUACGUAGGCUGCGCUGACAAGAGGUAGCGCACUCUCGAGCAGGAUGGGUGCCUUUGAGCGGCGAAUGGAAGUCAAAGUACAGAGCGCGCAUUCUAGAGUACAGCAAUGAUCAUCUGCUUGAAAAGGAAUUGCGGUUCCGCAAAGAAAUCGUGAGUCGUCGUGGGUGGCUGCCGUGACCGCAGAUGUAGCCUUUGCCUAACAUUGCACGCGCUGGAGGCCACAGCAACAAGUCGCGCUUUCUGCUGGUUUCUGGACCGGCAGCCACAUCGUUCACUGUGUUGCGAGCAUGGGCGCGACGGUGCCUGGAGCGGUGAUCCACAUCUCUUGGCAGCUCUACAGGGCCAUCGAAGCGAAUUUAAAGUCGAGACGCUUCUCAAAGAGUGAGCGAGCAAGUGAUUGUGAGGACAUUGUCGUGCAGCCCCUAAUCACACGGCUACCGGCACAGGAUAUACCGUCGAGGCUUGCAGCCUCGCAAGCAGACGGGAAAAGAUGUGCUCGAGACGGCCGGCUGGGCCGCUCUGUCGAUUGCGCUCAGCAGCUCUUUGGACGCUCUGUCCACUCAAUUCUUCUCAGACUCUGCGACGCACAGCGUGACUCAAGCGGCAGGCAACGGGGCCACCUCUGUGAUGAUGGGUCAAGAAGUGAGCAAUGUUUGGGCAGCCUUGCAUGGGAUUGGGCUAGAUGACAUUGCUGACGCCGCAACUCGUCGCGCCAGAGCGUCGCCGGCGCCACCGCAGACACUUGGCAUCAAGUUGCCGCCCAUCCAGGUUCGCUCAUUGCCGAGGCUCUGUAUACGGGCGGAAGCAAAGCGCUUCCUGUUGCCUUUGAAGAGCUUGCUUGGUUGGCAUCUACCAAUUCGAGCAGGAUCAUGGCGACUGCAGGCGCGGGGACCGCACUGCUCGCUGCAUCGGCGGCAAUCAAGCCUCACAGCUGGUGGACUUCUGUCAAGCCAGCGCACCCUCAUACGGAUGUAGGGCAAGCCAGCGCAGUGUCCGAGUUCAGCGUGACUGCGUGGUGUACGCGCUGCAGAAAUUCGUUCGAGUACACUCCGAGCACGUGCAGCGAUGCUCACCUAGUGAGUGAGCAGGAGUCGGCGCCGUAGACGCACUUUUUGACCAUUCUUGGCCUACACAGUGCACCGCGUGCCAGAUCGCAGCGCUCAGAGAGGCGCACGACGAAAGAAAGGUGGAGCGAAAGAUGCAAAAGGAGACGCAAGCGCAAGCGCACGACCUUCAAGCCAUGCACCUCGGGCGCUUCUGCGAUAGCUGCUUGGGCUGCAUUUGCGGUACUCGCUACAGCUGUGACACAUGUCCGGACUUUGACCUCGUGAGUGUGAGUAAGAGUACUGCACGAUUUGCCAUUACUUACUGCCCCACAUUGUCCUCUCAGUGCGAAGCAUGCUACACCGGCAUCAGGCAUCCACACGACUUUAUCUCGUACCGUCCCGCAUCUGACGUACAAGCGGAUGAGCUCUGUCACACUGAAUGGAAGCUCUCGCUCACAGAGCACGAAGCUUACUGCGACUGCUGCGGCGAAGACAUCUUGGGCAUCAGGCUGCAAUGCGUGGAUUGCAAGCGAGUGGACAGAAUCUUCGACCUCUGCGACCAGUGCUUCUCAGAGCCGCCUCUCGACUUUUCUCAUCCCAAAGAUCACGCAUUCGCCACUGUACGCUUUGCAUCCUAG